UAGACAAGAUGUGAAAUGGAGAAGUACCUGGCACCUCAGCUCCCGCCCGUUCCCGUCAUCCCCGAGCAUAAGAAAUACCGAAGAGACAGUGCCUCGGUUGUAGACCAGUUUUUCACUGACAGCGAAGGGUUGCCUUACAGCAUCAACAUGAACGUCUUCCUCCCCGACAUUAGCCACCUGAGAACUGGCCUGUACAAAUCGCAGCGGCCCUGUGUCACCCACAUCAAGACAGAGCCGGUCACCAUCUUCAGUCACCAGAGCGAAACUACUGCCCCUGCCCCCACUCAGGCCCUCCCCGAAUUUACCAGCAUCUUCAGCUCCCACCAAACUCCCGAUGUGAACAACAUUUUCAUCAAGCAGGAGCUUCCUACUCCAGAUGUUCACCUCUCCGUCACGCCCCAGCAAGGCCAGUUAUAUCAGCUCUUGAGCUCACCGGAUUUAGAUAUGCCCAACGCUACUACCCAGGCAGCCGUGAUGGACUCCCUGAACAAUGUCUCCAUGCCGUCAGCCAUGGCGGGCCUUAACACGCUCUCCUCGGCUGUUCCACAGACUGCGAUGAAACAGUUCCAGGGCAUCCCCCCCUGCACCUACACCAUGCCAAACCAGUUUCUGCAGCAGCAGGCCACUUACUUCCCUCCUUCGCCCCCAAGCUCAGAGCCUGGGAGUCCAGAUAGACAAGCAGAGAUGCUACAGAAUUUAACCCCUCCUCCGUCGUACGCCGCGACUAUAGCUUCCAAGCUGGCAAUUCACAAUCCGAAUUUACCAGCGACUCUGCCCAUAACCCCCCAGAACAUCCAACCAGUCAGAUACAACAGGAGAAGUAACCCAGAUUUGGAGAAAAGACGUAUCCACUACUGUGACUAUCCCGGCUGCACGAAAGUUUAUACAAAGUCUUCUCACUUAAAAGCACACCUGAGAACCCACACGGGUGAGAAACCCUACAAGUGCACGUGGGAGGGCUGCGACUGGAGAUUCGCUCGCUCGGAUGAAUUAACGCGCCACUACAGGAAGCACACGGGGGCAAAGCCCUUCCAGUGCGCUGUCUGCAAUCGCAGCUUCUCGCGCUCCGAUCACCUGGCUCUCCACAUGAAGAGGCAUCAGAACUAA